CACUUACUCCUCAAAUCGCGCGCACCCGAAAACCUCGUUCCUUGUUUCUCUCUCUACUCUUUUCUCGCUACUCUGUGUCGCCCCCGAGAAAACAUUUGCUCUGCUAGUAAAAUCCCGGCGAGGUAAUCGGAAAACUCACCGUAAUUAUCCGCCGUAAUUUCCGAAGAAUCGAUUUAGGAGAGCUAAUUCGUCCUUUGAGCGUAGGAGCAUUGGAGUUAACCUUGUUGUUUAUAAUUUCAUCAUGUUUAAUUUAGUUUUCUCCUAAGCAAACCCAACACCGAGCAGCGACGAUUUGGCGAUGUUCGAGCUAAAUCAGGAGCGUUACGUCGGAGUUUGUAGCUUUGGAAUUGGAAUUUCUCUGUUCUGCUCUUUUCUCAGCUAUGUUUGAUUGGGACGACGAAGAGCUUUCAGAUAUUAUAUGGGGAGGGACUGGGGAAAGUGAUGAUCAUCUAGUUCCAUAUCCAGUUGAAACUGAUGGGAAACCUCAAACUUCAUAUGGGGAUUGUGUUAAUGAGGAAUGGGAUAAUGAAGCUUCAAAGGUUAAGCUUAUUGAUCAGAAGAAACUAGCGGCCAAAAGUGGCUCUUAUAUUAGGUCAGGAAGCAGCUCCAAACAUGCAUCAGCGGCUGAUGAAGCUCAUCCUGCACUGGAAUUCGCAUUUUCCAACUUUCAAAAGGACCCUACGAAAGCAGAUCAGGGUUUCUUCAGCAAAGAACCAUCUAACCACAUUGGAGAAAUUUCUGAACAUGAAGACGGGACAGUUCAACAAGGAACCAAUUCUAAGAUUUUUCAGAAGCAGCAAGAGGAUGGGGAGCAAAGUGACUUUAUUGAGUAUGACUGGAAUAGCAUCGGAAGUUUUGACGACCUUGAGAAUUUUUUUAGAAAUGACAUCUGCAGCAAUGACGAUCCAAUAAUUGGAUAUGCAAACCUUCCUAAUACUGAAGAACUAUGGUCAUCUUCCAAGGAUCCAAUGGAAAGUCCAGAGAAGUCUAUUGCCAUGUCUGUUGAGUCUCCAAAUUUGGGGUUAGGAGAACUGAGAAGCACCUUAGGGAACUUUGAGAAUGAAGAAGAAUACUUGCUAGAUCAAUACCAAACGUUCUACCAUGCAUAUGAUAAAGUGAAAAAUAUCACACAAGAUGCUUCACAGGCUCUACAUACAUAUGAGACUGACAAAAUAAUUCCUUUCCUCAAGGAAAAGAGAGCUUCAGAUACAGGAGGUGAAGCUCCGGCAUUCCAUUUGCAGCUUGAUACUGGAAUUGAUGCAAUACCUAAACAACUGGCAGGGAAGGAGAACAGUCAAAAAGCACCAUUGGAAGGACGAAAUAAAUCAGAAGAGCACGGGCAUAUCAGUCAACCACAGGGUCUGUGCGAAUCAUGGUCACCCUCCAUGAGCCAACUCAAUGACCAAUGCAUAUUGGCGAACCAGCAAUAUCCAAGCGUUUUCCUUUCUCAGUCAAACCAUCUUCAGAGUCCUCUAUCUUUGCAGUACAAUCAAUACCCAGGACCCCCCAUCUUAGUUUCUCCCGUGGUUGGGGAUUUCACUAAUCAGUAUCCAGUGUCCACUUUGACACAGCCCCAUGUGAGUCCCAGUGCAAAAAGAAUGCCGAUGACUCCGCAGGAGAAGAUUGAAAAAUUAAGGAGGCGACAACAGAUGAGAGCAAUGCUUGCAACUCAACGGCAGCAGCAAAUUGGCAAUCAAGUCUUAUCCACGGACCAUUAUAUGGGAGUUGAAGACAAUAUGUGCACUAUCCCCUCCAUUGUUGACCCAAACUCACCUUUAGAACAAAACGAUCCUAGUACAGCUGGGAUUUCCUUUGAAGAUCAAUCCAUGGAACAAUCAGUGCUUAACCGGCUUCAAGACAUAGUCUCAAAGCUGGAUAUACGAAUUCGGCUCUGCAUCCGAGACAGCUUGUUUCGACUGGCUCAAAGUGCAGCACAAAGACAGCACAUUAUUAACGACACAAGCAGCACAAACAAAGGCAUCCAUGAAUCGGUUCCCAACCAGGACGAGAUAAACAGUAGCAACAGUAAUUACAGGAUUGCUAGGUUGCCUAACGUAGAGAAAGAAACUAAUCCAAUAGACCGAAUCGUUGCUCAUUUGCUCUUCCAUCAACCCACGGUAGUCUUGUCAACAAGAGUUGCAGAAAUGCCCGAGUCACAACUUCUAGAUAAGCUCUAUAAUGAGAGCAAUGCAACUUUUCAAUUGAGCUUGCCAAGGAGGAACCUACCUCAUAGUCGUGGCGAAAGUCAUCUUGUUAUAUCUCCUCAGAGUUUAAAAGCUCCUAGCUCUUAUACUGAGGGGGAGCAAGCUCAAAUCAACCCUUGCUUCGAGACUUAUUCCGAGAAUAUACUAAACCAUGAACCUGCAGGUGGCGUAGUGGUGGUCGACCCCCUCUAAAGGAGUCAAAUGAUAUUUCUGGAAUUAUAUAAUGGUAAUUCAAUCCUUUAUCAUUUAGGCCUUGUCAGCCAACUUGAUACACGGUAAAGAAAAUUGUAGAUUUAUAAUCAACUCCAUGUGAUUACUAAGGCCUGCCUAUAUGUAUUUUUUAGAAUUCUGAACUAACUCCCUCCUUGCUUGAAUAAUUGUGACUGUUUAGAGACAACAAAGUGAUCUCUAAUAAGUCACUUUAGAAGAUCAAUAAAGCAAUUUAUUUGCACUGUUUUCACAA